UAGACGAUCUGUGACGCGGCCCUGUGACGUCAGCGCGCUGCCGGACAGGUGCAUUGUGGGAGUCGGUCUGUGACGUCGUGUUGUUUAUUCCUUCAGCCGAUCACGUUCAUCGAUCCCUGAAGAGACGCCGACCACGUGACAGGAGACAUGGAGGCCGGAGACGGUGUCAGCAGUUCCACGCCCACGGAGGAGAUGAACGGAACUGGAAACCUGAUGGAUUUCCUGGACGAGCCUUUUCCUGACGUGGGAACGUAUGAAGACUUCCACACCAUCGACUGGCUGAGGGAGAAAUCCAGAGACACGGACCGCCACCGCAAGAUCACCAGUAAGAGUAAAGAGUCCUUCUGGGAGCUGAUCAAGAGCCUGCUGGACGCCUGGUCAGGAUGGGUGGUGAUGCUGCUCAUCGGACUGCUCUCAGGUACGCUGGCCGGAGUGAUCGACCUGGCGGUGGACUGGAUGACGGACCUGAAGGAAGGCGUGUGUCUGUCGGCCUUCUGGUACAGCCACGAGCAGUGCUGCUGGACGUCCAACGAGACCACCUUCGACGACCGGGACAAGUGUCCUCAGUGGCAGAAGUGGGCGGAGCUGAUGACGGGACACGCUGAGGGCGCCGGAGCGUACGUGUUGAACUACUUCCUGUACGUCAUGUGGGCUCUGCUGUUCUCCUUCCUGGCGGUGUCACUGGUGCGAGUGUUUGCUCCGUACGCCUGCGGUUCAGGAAUCCCAGAGAUCAAGACGAUCCUCAGCGGCUUCAUCAUCCGGGGCUACCUGGGGAAAUGGACCCUGCUGAUCAAGACGGUCACCCUGGUUCUGGCGGUGUCGUCGGGUCUCAGCCUGGGGAAGGAGGGCCCGCUGGUCCACGUGGCCUGCUGCUGUGGAAACCUCUUCUGCAGCCUCUUCUCCAAGUACAGCAAGAACGAGGGCAAGCGCCGAGAGGUGUUAUCGGCUGCAGCAGCGGCUGGAGUGUCGGUGGCGUUUGGAGCGCCCAUCGGAGGAGUUCUGUUCAGCCUGGAAGAGGUCAGCUACUACUUCCCUCUGAAGACUCUGUGGCGUUCCUUCUUCGCCGCGCUGGUCGCCGCCUUCACGCUGCGCUCCAUCAACCCGUUUGGAAACAGCCGCCUGGUGCUGUUCUACGUGGAGUACCACACGCCGUGGUACAUGGCCGAGCUGGUCCCGUUCAUCCUGCUGGGCGUGUUCGGAGGCCUCUGGGGGACCCUCUUCAUCCGCGCCAACAUCGCCUGGUGCCGGCGGAGGAAGACCACCCAGCUGGGGAAGUACCCGGUCCUGGAGGUCAUCGCCGUGACGGGCAUCACCGCCGUGCUGGCGUUCCCCAACCCGUACACCCGCCGCAGCACCAGCGAGCUCAUCUCGGAGCUGUUCAACGACUGCGGCGCUCUGGAGUCCUCUCAGCUGUGUGACUACAUCAACAACCCCAACAUGAGCCGGCCCGUGGACGACAUCCCGGACCGGCCCGCGGGACCGGGGGUCUACAACGCCCUCUGGCAGCUCGCCCUCGCUCUCGUCUUCAAGAUCGUCAUCACCAUCUUCACCUUCGGCAUGAAGAUCCCGUCGGGUCUCUUCAUUCCCAGCAUGGCGGUCGGCGCCAUCGCAGGCCGCAUCGUGGGGAUCGCCGUGGAGCAGAUGGCCUACCACCACCACGACUGGAUCAUCUUCAAGAACUGGUGCCGGCCCGGCGCCGACUGUGUCACACCGGGACUCUACGCCAUGGUGGGCGCCGCCGCCUGUCUGGGCGGAGUGACCCGGAUGACCGUCUCCCUGGUGGUCAUCAUGUUCGAGCUCACCGGCGGUCUGGAGUACAUCGUCCCCCUGAUGGCGGCGGCCGUCACCAGUAAGUGGGUGGCGGACGCCUUCGGGAAGGAGGGCAUCUACGAGUCUCACAUCCAGCUCAACGGCUACCCGUACCUGGACGUCCGGGACGAGUUCACCCACCGCACGCUGGCCACCGACGUGAUGCGGCCCCGCAGGAACGACCCGCCGCUGGCCGUCCUCACGCAGGACUCCACCACGGUGGAGGACGUGGAGGCGCUGAUCAAAGACACCGACUACAACGGCUUCCCGGUGGUCGUGUCCAGAGAGUCAGAGCGGCUCAUCGGCUUCGUGCAGCGCCGGGAUCUCACCCUCGCCAUCAAAACCGCCCGUCAGAAGCAGGACGGCGUGGUGAGCAGCUCCGUGGUCUACUUCACAGAGGACGCGCCGCAGCUGCCGGCCAGCAACCCUCAGCCGCUGAAGCUGCGCCGCAUCCUGAACCUCAGCCCGUUCACCGUCACCGACCACACGCCCAUGGAGACCGUGGUCGACAUCUUCCGCAAGCUGGGCCUCCGCCAGUGUCUGGUCACCAGGAGCGGGCGUCUUCUGGGCAUCAUCACCAAGAAGGACGUUCUGCGACACAUGGCCCAGAUGAUGAACCAGGAUCCAGAGUCCAUCAUGUUCAAUUAGACCGAGAGACAGAGAGAGAUGCUCCAUCCGCGUGUUGUCAAGGUAACGGAAAGACCAAUCAUCAGCUGAUCAGGUGAUCGCUCUUCUUUUUCUGGAAACACGUGCCGUCACAUGUUUUUAUCACGUUCAACUCUCCGGCUCCUUCAGUGCUCCAGAGACUGAACACAGCGUUGAGGUCCAGUGAGAGGAGGUGUGUCUGUCAUUUGAUCCUGAUAAUCUAUAAUCUAUAAUCACUCAAUAGAAGAAUCAUCUCAGCCAAAAAAAGGUUUGAAAACAGUGUUUAACUUACAAAUGAGAAGAGAAACCUGAUUGGUCAGAAUUAAAAUGUCCUGUUCUCUGUCUCUCAAAUCCACAAAACUACAUUUUAAGGGAACCUUUUGAUGAUGUCAUUCUCUGUGACGAUGAACCGAACGCUGAAAAACAAAAUGAAAUGGGUUUAUUGAGAGAAAUGUUAUGUUGGAAUCCUUAAAUCUGUGUGGUUUAAUGUUAGCUGUGGUACAAAAGGGACGGUCUGUGAGAGGAAACCAACUGAACCCAGAUCUGUGACUCUGAUCUCAUCUGAAGGAGACUGCUGCUCUUUGUGUUUGUUUUUGUUGCUGCCAUAUUUAUAUCUAUGUGUUCGUGUUCAAACCUGUUUCUGUCGCUUUGACCCGAAGGCACAAACUGAGACUGUUCCUGUGUCAGACGUUUGUUUCUUUGGAGUCUCGUGUUGAUUAAAUGUGUCAAAAGGUUUCAAAGAGCCUUAAAACGUGAGAGCUUAACAGCAGACCUGUUGAUGUGGAUCGGUGCCACUACAGACCUCGUUAAAGGGGCGGUUGGGAUGUUUACUCGUGGAGUUAUGAGGUUUCCACUGUGGUUAAUCUGAAUUAACCCUUUACACCACUAACUCACUAACAGAUGGACCAGCAGCUCCAUCCUUCUGAGAGGUUAAAUCACUGUUUUUAUCAAUGGAGUCUGGUGGCUUUAAAGAGAGCAAAGAUAACGAUUCUAAAUAAAUAAUCUAAAUGUAACAGAUAAUGAUUCUAUAGACGUCUAAAUAUGUCCAUCUACUGUAGUAAAACACUGACUCUGGAUCAGAAAACCUCAUACAACCACACUUCUAAGCUGUUCCUUGAAGAUGAUCCCGUGUCAUCCAGAUGUGAGCAGUGUGCAGGAAGUACAGUGUGUUUGUUACCAUGGUGAUAUAAUCCAGUGGUUCCUCUGACAGCUGCUCUGUUUAUGGUCUGCACACUGAUUGUUUCAGGAGGAACAUGCACAUCCACUGUUUGUUAUGAGGCUUUAUAAAGUAAUUACAUGAACUAACACUGUAGCUCUGCUGUUAAUAUUCCUUCAUUCAUGAGACCUGCAGACAGGAAGUGAAGGAUAAUAACUAAAUAGGUCAUAAGAGUCCUAAAUGUCGCUAACAUUUCUGGAAAACGUUCACAUUUCCAGCACUUAAAAAAAAAAAAGCAAGAUUGCACAAAAACUCCUCUUCUGCACGUUCAGCGUUUUUAUUUUUCUGUGUCGUGGUAUUUGUUGCUAACGGUUCAUUAAAACUGGAAACUUUUGGGGAAUUCACUUUAAAGAAAAACACUCUGUGUUGUUGAAGCAGAAGAUCAACUUCUUGUCUCUAAAUGCCAAGAGAAUGUACUGAGAUCAUAAGGGUUGUGUAUAUAGAGUUAUUGUGUCAUUGUUUCAUUUUAUUUAAAACACUAACGUUGAUCCCUGCUUGUUUUUUAUGUUUAGCUCUAAAUAUUUAUUGCAUUACUCUAAAAGAAAACACAUAUUUGCACUUUUUUUCUUUUUUUUAAUUGUAAAUGAGGUGACAGAAAAUAAAUCAUGUUGAAAAAACA